AUGGCACCACACAAGACCGCACCACCCACAGUCACUCACCCCGCAUGCUGCACGGAGUGCUGCACUGACGGCACGGGCGGGCCGUGGGAGAGGCAGAAGAGAGCGCGCAGAGGCGGGGAGGGGCAGGGGGAAGGGAGAGGAGAGGAGGAUGGAGGAGGGUGGGGCGAGGAAGAGGAGGGGGGAGCGGAGGAGGAGGAGGGGAGCCAGCGGGAGUCGAAGAGGAAACAGCAGUUGGCAGAGCAGGCAGCGUGGAAGAACCGACCACACGGGCUGAACGCUGCUGACGUCACCUGGGGGGUUGCAUGGCCGGUGGGCGGAGAGUGGUAUGGGGUGCAUACGUUACUGGAUGGAGCGGUGGGGUUUGGGGCGAGCAGAGAAGAGAAGACAGCACUUGGUCGUGUGGAAGAAUCGACCACAGGGGCUGAACACUGCAGACGUCACCUGGAGGUAUGUUGGGGGAGUGGGGGGUUAUGCGGUGCAUGGGGGGAAGGAGUGGCGGGGUAUGCGGUGCAUGGGGGGAAGGAGUGGCGGGCUGCUGGCGGUGCUGCUGGUGCUGCUGGAGGUGCUCCUGGUGCUGGUGCUGCUGGAGGUGCUGCUGGUGCUGGUGCUGCUGGAGCUGCUGGAGGUGCUGGUGCUGCUGGCGCUGCUGGAGGUGCUGCUGGUGCUGGUGCUGCUGGAGCGGCUGGAGGUGCUGCUGCUACUGGCGGUGCUACUGGCGCUGCUGGAGGUGCUGCUGGUGCUGGUGCUGCUGGAGCAGCUGGAGGUGCUGCUGCUCCUGGCGGUGCUGCUGGUGCUGCUGGAGCUGCUGGAGGUGCUGGUGCUGCUGACGCUGCUGGAGGUGCUGCUGGUGCUGGUGCUGCUGGAGCUGCUGGAGGUGCUGCUACUACUGGAGGUGCUGCUGCUGCUCGCGGUGCUGCUGGCGCUACUGGAGGUGCUGCUGGUGCUGCUGGAGCUGCUGGAGGUGCUGCUGCUGCUGGCGGUGCUGCUGGCGCUGCUGGAGGUGCUGCUGGUGCUGGUGCUGCUGGAGCUACUGGAGCCGCUGGUCCUGGAGGGUGA